GCGGGAUGGAGAGACCAGCCUCCCCCUCAGGCCCGGAGGGCAGGAAAGGGCCAGGAGCGGGAGCGGCUGGAGAGGAGAUGCGGGCGCACCCCGGGGGCGGGCAGGGCUGAGAGAGGUGCGGGCAGUGAGAGAGACAGCCCCGGCGCUGGGGAGGGCAGGGAAGCAAGAUGGCGGCUUCCCUGUGGCUGAGCUGCGGCGGCAAGGGGGUGGCGAGGCUGCUGCUGCGGGGGCGGCCGGCUCCGGGCGUUGGUGUGUUUUUCCCCGGUGGAGGAGGCUGGAGGCGUCUGCGCGGGACCCCAGAGCUGCUGGGUACGCCUGGUAUUAAAGUUCUCAUGCCUGCACUUUCUCCUACAAUGGAAGAAGGAAACAUUGUGAAAUGGUUAAAAAGGGAAGGUGAAACAGUGAAUGCUGGAGAUGCAUUGUGUGAAAUUGAAACAGACAAAGCAGUGAUUACCAUGGAAUCAAGUGAUGAUGGCAUAUUGGCUAAAAUACUGGUGGAAGAAGGAAGCAAAAAUGUACGCUUGGGCGCACUAAUCUGUCUGCUGGUAGAGGAGGGACAGGACUGGAAGCAAGUUGAAAUACCAGCUGAUGGUAGUGAACCAUCUCCUCUGGCUCCACCAGCACCUGCGCUUACCUCAACUCCUGCAGGUCCUUCAGUUUCAGCCCCUCCUAAACUGGAACAUCAUCCUGGAAAGUUGCAGGUUCGCUUAAGUCCUGCUGCUCGCAACAUUCUGGAGACACAUGGACUAGAUCCAAGCAAUAUUACACCUUCUGGGCCUCGAGGAAUCUUCACUAAAGAGGAUGCUCUCAAACUUCUGCAAGAGAAGCAGAAGGGCAAACCCAGUGAAUUGAAACCUGUGGUUUCUCCAGCUCCUCCCCAGCCUACUGCAGUGCCUUCUGCUUCACAAGCAACAGCUGUGACUUCUGCUUCUCCAAGGCCAGCAGUUCCACCAGUUUCCACACCAGGACAACCUGCUGCACUGGGCACAUUCACAGAAAUCCCAGCUAGCAACAUCCGAAGAGUUAUUGCUAAGAGAUUAACAGAAUCUAAAACUACUAUACCUCAUGCAUACGCUGCUGCUGACUGUGACAUUGAUGCUAUUUUGAAAUUAAGAAGAGAAUUGGCCAAAGAUGACAUUAAAGUGUCUGUAAAUGAUUUUAUUAUCAAGGCAACUGCAGUUACGCUGAAGCAAAUGCCAGAUGUGAAUGUAACCUGGGAUGGAGAAGUCUGCAGGCAGCUGCAGUCCAUUGACAUUUCUAUUGCUGUGGCAACAGACCGGGGUCUCAUUACACCAAUCAUAAAAGAUGUUACUGCCAAGGGAAUAAAGGAAAUUGCUGCCUCUGCAAAGACUCUAGCAAAGAAAGCAAGAGAUGGAAAACUGUUACCAGAAGAGUACCAGGGAGGAUCUUUUAGUAUCUCCAAUCUAGGCAUGUUUGGCAUCAAUGACUUCACUGCAGUCAUAAACCCUCCACAGGCCUGCAUCCUAGCUGUGGGCCGAGCAAGACCAGAGCUGAAGAUUGUGGAAGAUGAAGAAGGGAAUGAGAAACUUAUGCAGCAUCAACUCAUGACAGUGACUCUUUCAAGUGAUGGUCGGGUGGUAGAUGAUGAACUGGCUUCAAAGUUUCUGAAGACCUUGAAAGCGAACAUAGAGAAUCCAAUGAGACUUGCCUUGUGUUAAA